AUGUUCCUCAGGUACCAGGGGAAUCUAUACCGGAGGCAUUACUGGAGUCAAGGAAAUCCACAAGGACCACCCCCACAAGGAGGCAACAAGCCCCAAGGUCCCCCACCUCCUCCAGGAAAGCCUCAAGGACCACCCCCACAAGAAGGCGACGAGUCCCGAAGUCGCCGAUCUCCUCCAGGAAAGCCAGAAGGACCACCCCCACAAGGAGGCGACAAACCUCAAGGUCCCCCACCUCCACCAAAGCCACAAGGACCACCCCCACAAGAAGGCGACGAGGUCCGAAGUCGCCGAUCUCCAGGAAAGCCACAAGGACCACCCCCACAAGGAGGCGACAAACCUCAAGGUCCCCCACCUCCACCAAAGCCACAAGGACCACCCCCACAAGAAGGCGACGAGGCCCGAAGUCGCCGAUCUCCUCCAGGAAAGCCACAAGGACCACCCCCACAAGGAGGCGACAAACCUCAAGGUCCCCCACCUCCACCAAAGCCACAAGGACCACCCCCACAAGAAGGCGACGAGGCCCGAAGGCGCCGAUCUCCUCCAGGAAAGCCAGAAGGACCACCCCCACAAGGAGGUGACAAACCUCAAGGUCCCCCACCUCCACCAAAGCCACAAGGUCCACCCCCACAAGAAGGCGACGAGGCCCGAAGGCGCCGAUCUCCUCCAGGAAAGCCAGAAGGACCACCCCCACAAGGAGGCGACAAACCUCAAGGUCCCCCACCUCCACCAAAGCCACAAGGACCACCCCCACAAGAAGGCGACGAGGUCCGAAGUCGCCGAUCUCCAGGAAAGCCAGAAGGACCACCCCCACAAGGAGGUGACAAACCUCAAGGUCCCCCACCUCCACCAAAGCCACAAGGACCACCCCCACAAGAAGGCGACGAGGCCCGAAGUCGCCGAUCUCCUCCAGGAAAGCCAGAAGGACCACCCCCACAAGGAGGCGACAAACCUCAAGGUCCCCCACCUCCACCAAAGCCACAAGGAGCACCCCCACAAGAAGGCGACGAGGCCCGAAGGCGCCGAUCUCCUCCAGGAAAGCCACAAGGACCACCCCCACAAGGAGGCGACAAACCUCAAGGUCCCCCACCUCCACCAAAGCCACAAGGACCACCCCCACAAGAAGGCGACGAGGUCCGAAGUCGCCGAUCUCCAGGAAAGCCACAAGGACCACCCCCACAAGGAGGCGACAAGCCUCAAGGUCCCCCACCUCCACCAAAGCCACAAGGACCACCCCCACAAGAAGGCGACGAGGCCCGAAGGCGCCGAUCUCCUCCAGGAAAUCCACAAGGACCACCCCCACAAGGAGGCGACAAACCUCAAGGUCCCCCACCUCCACCAAAGCCACAAGGACCACCCCCACAAGAAGGUGACGAGGCCCGAAGGCGCCGAUCUCCUCCAGGAAAGCCACAAGGACCACCCCCACAAGGAGGCGACAAACCUCAAGGUCCCCCACCUCCACCAAAGCCACAAGGACCACCCCCACAAGAAGGUAAGGAGGCCCGAAGUCGCCGAUCUCCUCCAGGACAGCCACAAGGUCCACCCCCAGCAGGAGGCAAUCCCCAGCAGCCUCAGGCACCUCCUGCUGGACAGCCCCAGGGACCACCACCCCCUGCUCAAGGGGGCGGACCACCCGGACCUCCCCAGGGACAGCCUGCCCAAUAAUCUAGGAUUUGAUGACAGGUAUGGUUCCAGUUUAUUCUUCACCAGGUGCUCUAAUUGCUACAGUUCUCCAGCUUUAUUGUGCCAAUGAAUCAGCUAAAAGCCCAUUGACAUUGUAUUGUCCUAGAACCCAUUUCUAAAGAUUUGUAUUCAGAUAUUCUGGAAAUGGAUAACAAGACCCUAUAUUUGUAAUAAACUCUUUAAGGAAUUCUGAUGUUGAGAAACAACAUUCCAAGUAGUCUGUCUUAAAUUGUGUUGGCAAUGAGGAAGUAGUACCAUGUUCUCUCUGGCACUCUGUUUCCUGUGCACAAACUCAGAGAACUCCCAUUUAAAGUUUUCACCUGAGCAGUGUUUGCUCAGUCCUGCCUCUCACCAGCCUCUCUACUCCAGUAUUCCUGCCAAGUGGUCCCUGAACUUUCAGCAGCUAAAUGGUGUCUCAUUUUUUAAAUUCUUACUUUUCAAUGUGUACAUGAUUAAGCUAACAAAAAAUACUUAAUGAAAUGGAAAAAUAUGAAUCUAAAUUUAAAGGCAUAACUCAUCUUACCUGCCUUCCCUCCUUCAGAAAACUAUCACUGUUAACUUUAUGGCAUCUUCUCCUUGAAAUAUUUGUGUGUACAUAGACAACUAGAAUAUUUUCCCCCCAGAACUAAUACCAUACUUUAUAUGCAGGUAUAUAUGUUAGUCACUUAAAAAAUACAUUUCUUUGAAAAUUUCCACAUGAGUUUAUGAAGCUAAGUAGAUCUCUUCAGUGGUUAUCUGUUUGCUUUUACAAUUUUAUACUACUCCGUUAUGUGGCUGCACCGUGAUUUCUUUAACCAAUCCCUGUCACUGGCCACUGAGGGUGGUUUCAGCUUCUUACUGUUAUAGAAUAUGUUCCAGUUGCCAUCUGUGUAAAUAUAUCCAUGAACAAAUUCAGCAGCAAGUAAUAACAAGCUAAGAAUGGUCUUAUCUCUUCAUCACGUAAGGAACAAUUUGGAGCACAUUUUGUGCAAGGGCGUCAAAAGAGUGAACACGCAAAAAAUUUGGGAGGAAACACAGGAGGUAGAAGGGAUAGGGGGAGAGAGGAUGGGCUCUCAUGUACUCUACUGCAGUAACACCAGUGAGGAAUUAGACAUUUCCUGCCAUGUCAAGUCUGGUCUAUGAACUUCCUUGUUUGUUUGUUUCAGGGAGUGAAUAAGAAGAUGACAGUGAUUCAAAUGAUUCAAAUGCCAUGACAUUGGAACAAGGUGGUCAUAGCUCUAACUUCCAUAUACCAAUAAAAUAAUCAGCUUGCAA